ACAGGACUAAAAUUAAUAUUAGGGGCUCCACUUAUAGCUGCUUUUUUAAUCUAUAAAUGGCAAAGACGCCACUUAUCAAUAUAUAAUUCCAUCGAGGAAUUUCUUCACAACCAAAAUAAUCUCACUCCUAUAAGAUACUCAUUCAAAGAAAUAAAAAAGAUGACUCAAAAUUUUAAGAACAAGUUAGGUGAAGGAGGUUAUGGCUCUGUAUUCAGAGGAAAGCUUCGUAGUGGUCAUAUUGUAGCGGUUAAGAUAUUGAGCAAAUCCAAAGGAAAUGGACAAGACUUCAUCAAUGAAAUUGCUACAAUUGGAAGAAUUCACCAUGUUAAUGUAAUUCAUUUGAUUGGCUUUUGUGUCCACUCCUCAAAGCAUGCUCUUGUGUAUGAUUUCAUGGCUAAUGGAUCUUUGGAAAAAUAUAUUUUCUCCCAAGAAGGAAUUAACUUCUUAAGUUGCAAGAAAUUUUUUGACAUUUCAAUUGGUGUGGCACGAGGAAUUGAAUAUAUGCAUCAAGGAUGUGAUAUGCAAAUAUUGCAUUUUGAUAUUAAACCUCACAAUAUUCUUUUGGAUGAAAAUUUUAUUCCUAAAGUUUCUGAUUUCGGUUUAGCAAGAUUAUGCCCAUUGGAUAAUAAUAAUGUGUCCUUAACUGCUGCAAGAGGAACUUUAGGAUACAUAGCUCCAGAGCUAUUUUACAAAAAUAUUGGAGGAGUUUCUAAUAAAGCUGAUGUGUAUAGUUUUGGAAUGUUAUUGAUGGAAAUGGCAAGUAGAAGAAAAAAUUGUAAAUCGGCUACAGGAAAUAGCAGCAAAGUUUACUUUCCUUCAUGGGUGCAUGAUCAAUUAAGUCAAGAGAAAAAUGUGGAAGUAGUGAAAACAUAUAUAGAUGAGGCAGAUUCAACAAUAACAAUGAAGAUGAUUAUAGUAGCAUUAUGGUGUAUACAAUUGAAGCCAAGUGAUCGUCCUACAAUGGAUAAAGUCAUAGAAAUGCUUGAAGGAGAAGUUGAAAGUCUACAAAUACCUCCGAAGCCUUCAUUGUGUCAACUAGAUAAUAACAUUGAGCAUGUUCAGAAGACUACAUAUUCAAUGCACUCAUCAAUACCAUCAUUAACACUGCAGAGAUAAGUUAGACUCUCCUCUCGAAGCUCCAUCUUGCAAGGCAUAAUUGAAAUAUACUGAAUCAAUGAAGUCUAUGAGGGAAUCAUCACAAUCAGUCAACCACAUAAAUUACAAAUACCAAUAAGAGAUCCGACAAUUGUAUAAUCAUCUCAUUUAGUGUAUAGUCAACAUGUAAUAUUUUGCCUUCAUUGUGUAAUCAAUCUCAGGCAUCGAUACUCUGUAUAAUUAGGGAGCAAUUCCCUUCACAUAGAUAUAUCACAUUUCUCUCAUCUUGUAUAAUAUGAUUGAGAUAAAACCUUCCCCUCUACCAAAGUCUAUAUAGAUCGAAUGCCCAAGAAUCAUUAGAUUGAAUACAAUCAACAAUGCACUCUACAGAUAUAAGUAAUGAUUCAAUUGUCUCUUCACA